AGAUAAGGCGAGUGGCGAAAUCGCAAAAGAGGUUAUAUUGUCCGGCUCGAGGAGUCAACUCGAAAGUAUUUCGUAAUUCGAUUUGUUUCCACAAAUUGAAUGUAACAUAUUAUUAUAUUAUCGUUAUCGUCUGAACGGUGACGAUAUUAUAAUAACGUUUUCGCGCGUUAUCGAUGUAGUCGUACAAGUGUUGAUUUCUGUCGCGUUCCCGGCGUCCUCGUCGCCGCACGGAAGACACACGCUCACCAAGACGACGAUUCCCGAAAUUUUCUUUGAUCGCGACGCGAACUGGUAGGUUGUAAAUACCACUUACGAAAAUCUAUCGCUGCACACACACACACACACAAGUUCGGAGAUCUCGUUUGAAAUACUUACCUGCUUGCCAGACGACAUUUUUUGCCGCAGUCAAUUUGCGCACAGCAGUGACCGACGGGAAAAGUGAACGGUUCCUUGGAGACCCGCUGAGAGCCGGCGGUCGAACACGAUAAUAUCAAAUAAUAUUGUAGUUAAUCAUAUUAUUAUUAUUAUUAUUCGCGCCGUUGCCGUGGUUGUGACUUGUAUUGUAGCGGCCGUGGCGGUGGCGACGGCGUUCAUUCUACAGCGGGGCGGUAAAGCGGUGGUGGAAGAUCAGCGACUCGUGGUAAAAGUAGGUCAGUAUACAUACGAGUCUCUCGUGAGCCGGUAGCAAUACUAUAAGAACCAUCGUUCGCCGUCGCCGCCAACUAUAAUUUAUCUUUCCGUUUCGUUUUUUGUUGUUGAUUUGUUUUUAUUCGGUUUGUUUGCAUUGGUUUCGCGCGUUGCUACCUCCUCCCCUUGGGCUCUGGACGACUGCUAUACCGUGGAGUUUAUUUACAUUCUGUUUCUCCACAGUCGACGGCCGUGCACGGUCUCGCAGACAGAAGUUGCCAACACCAUUUACAACCGUCAACUGUUGUCUUGUACCGACGACAAUCGGAACACCCUAGUCCAGUGGUUAUUGUAGCCGGCCAAUGUUUUUCAGGAAUAGCGGACUCUACGAUCUGGUCGAAAAUUCCAAAAUGAGUGAGUACAACAUUCUGGUUCAAAACAACGAGCUAAUAUUAUCAUUGCGCCAAGUAACGUACACGCUUUGGUUUGGCGAUAGUCAUUUUAUUUUUCUGUACAGGUUCACAAUAUAAAUAUUAUUAAUGGUUACUUAAACUAUUGACCGCAAUUUAUGUUUUUCUAAUUGCUAACAUGCGGACCGAAAUCUCUUUAAUCCGUUUGUUAAUAACUGUAAUAAAUGCCCAAAUUGAUGAGAUGUAAAAACAUUGUAUUUAUGAAGUUAAUACUAGUGAGAAAAUGGAUGAAAAUAUGUCCCAAAGCUAACAUUAAUAAUUAUAAACUCUAUACCUUUUACUAAGUAUACAAUAAUUACCAGUGAUAUUAUAUUCUGAUAUGUUGUGUUUAAACAUUUAACUAAUAAAUUCAUUCUAAAUUGUUUCAUUAUGAAAUAAUUUUUUGUACUUUAUGGAAAAUUAGUAAAUAAUAUUUAUCUAUUUGUUUCAUCAAUCCUAAUAAAUUAAUCUGUAUACAAAUUCAAUUAGUUUAUUAUCCUUUAUAAGCUGUCGUGGCUAGUUGAGAAUUACUGGUACUGGUGAUAGUUGAUACUUGCAUCUUAUUUGAGAAAAAUAAAAAUGCUUACUAUUAUUUAAUCGAUAGGUAAAUUAUAAAAUAAAUCUAAAUUCCGUUUUUUUUUUUUUUAAAUAAAUAUUUGUCUUCUUUUGUAUUCAAUUCUGGAUGGGUUUGUAGCAAUUCUCCACUCUUCCUUGUUACUUGCCUUUCUCUUUGCUUCUUCGUAAGAAUUAUGCCCUUGGCCCUUUAUUAUUUGUUGCAUAUACUCCAUUCGUGGUCGUCCCCUAGCAUUUUUACCUUCUACACAAAAAUAAAUAAAUAUUUGUCUGUAUUUAUUUAAUAUUUAGUGUUUUAAAGUAGACAUUUAAUGUAAGUACUUCCAUUGAAAUUUAUUGUAAUUGUACAAUGAAGAAUAUAAUUCAUUGAAAUUAAUUAUGUUUGUAUCCCCGUAUUAUUAUUAUAUACCUAUUUUAUUUUAUAAAUAGACACAUAUUUAAGAAAUGCUGUUAAUAGUUUAAACCUAUAAUAUAACUAUAUUGUAAGCGUGUAUACGAAAAUAAAUUAGACACACAUAAACAACGAUAUGAUUACGUAGAAAUUAUAUUAUAUUAGGUAGGUAUGUAAAAAUAUGUAUAUACUUAAUUAUUUAUGUAGAUACUAGACAUGUUGGCAACUGCAUUUUUAGAGCUUAACUAUAGAGUAUAGAUUACUGGAUAUAUAAUAUUCUUUAGGUUUUAGUUAGGUUUAGACAAUUACAAAAAGAUUUUACAAAAUUACUGGAUAACUUAUAGCUUAGGUAGUUAUAGUGUACCUACUGAAAAAAAAAAAUAUGUUAGUGUUAAUUUAUAGAAUUGCCUGGAUAAAAUUAAUGUAUUAGUAAAUAUAUCAGAAACACUAAUUAUAAAAAAUUGAUUAAAAUAUAGUUCACAUAAUGAAAAAACUAUAAAUAUGAAUUACAAUUUGUUUUUUGUGUUUAUUAUGAAAUUAUGUGAAUAAAUAUUUACUGCUGAACUUAAAAACUAAAAAUAUUUAAAACCAGAAAAGAGAGAAAAAUAAUAGUAAACAUGCCUAUUACAAUAAAAAGUAUUUUGAUAGGAAGAAAUAAUUUUUAUAGUUAUUUAUUUGAACAUGAUUGAUUAAAGAAUAUAAGAAGUAAAGAUAAAGAAAUAUAGAAAUGAGGAAUACUUGAUUAACUUGUAUUCUUGUCAAGAAAAUCAGAAGAGGAGAAAAAAGAUAGGAAAGGUCAAUAUUGUCAUUUAGUUAAUACUAUAGCUAUUAUAGUAGUACAUAUUUGAUUGACAAUUUGGUAUAAUUAUGUCAUUAAUCUAACGAUGUUUAGUUUAAACUGAACUGAAAUUAAAUGUUUAGUUGACAUGUUCAUAUCAUAUUAUAUAUGACUGUCGUACUCCAUGUUAAAUUCUAUAUCUUUUUUCAAGUCCUAGUACUUGAAUGUUGAGUUAGUACAAAUCAGAAACAUUUGAUAUUUUAAUCCUACCCAUGCAAUUAUUAUGUUAUUAUUUGUCUAUAUUAAAUAGUUUUAAAAUACAGAGUUGACUUAUGUAAGUACCUAAAUAUUAUUAAUGAAUUAAUAAGUUAAACAUAUUUUAUUUUUAUAUAAAUUCUAUUUUAAUUUAUGUAGGUUAUAAUUGCACUAAUAUAUUUACUAGACAUUUUAAAAGAAAAAUACUUGAAAGUAUGUACAAUUCAAUUAAAAUGUUGAUGCUAACUUAAAAUGUAUAGUUUUUUUAUUUUUCAGUUUAUGCUUUUUUAGAAUAUAGAACUUGAGUUUACAAUUUUUUUAAAAAUAUCUAUGGUAAUAUUGUGUAUUUUAAUUAAAAUAUCCUAAACUAUUUCUUUAGAAUAGUUUUGCAAUAAAGUUUGCAUAAUCGAAAAAUUAAUAUUAUGAUUCUUACUCUACUCAUAUUAUUUAUUUUUUAUUCUUAUAGUUCUUUAUAUUUUAUUCUUUAUAGUUUUUUUUAACUGAUCUAUAUUUUAUACAAUUCAUAUAUUUAUUCUUUUUUAUAAUUAAAUUUAUAACAGUACAUCAUUCAGUUUUAAUUAUAUAUUUUUUAUUCAAUUUCAAAUAAAAUACCCUUCUUUACUCCAAUUUAGGUAUUAAAUAAUUUUAAUAAAUCAUUAAUAUGAGCCUGAGUUUGGAAGAAAUAACCAGUAAAACUGUUGAUAGAACACCUCCAUAUAGAGGUAUCUCCCAUGUACUCUUUAAAAAAAAAAAAGUCAUUAUGAAGUAUUAGAUUUUUAUUUAUCAACAUUUUCAGAAUAAUAUUCUCUUGAAAUUUUUAAAAUUAAAAAUAUUAUCGAUUACCAUAUGCAAAUUAAAAGCUAAUAUUGUUUUUUAAGACAUUAAAUGAAUGGUUUAUUUCAGAGAACCCCUAAAAAAAAAAAACUAACAAAAAUUGACUUGUUUGCGUUUAAUUGUUAGUUUUAUUGGAUGUAGAAGCAUAGUUUACAAUGAAAAGCCCAUAAAGAACCUGUUCCCUUGCCUCUUUUCUAUGUGGCCUUGAAAUGUUCAUUUACUGCAGAAACCUUUACCAAUAAGUACCGUAGUAUAAAUGUGUUUUAUUUUUUUUUAAUAAUUAUCUACUAAUUUAUCUCAUUUCUAUUUGGGUUUCUGAAAUAUUAAAAUUUGAUUUUUUCAUUAAAAAUAUAUUAGGUAUUAUUAUCAUAGUGUUUAACAACUAGAUGUUUUUAGUUAUAUUUUAGUACUAUAAUAAUAGGAUGUUUGAUGAAUUACAGUGGAAAAAUGUAAAAAUAAACAAGACACAUUAAGGUUAUCUAUAGCUGAAAUCCAAUAUGUGCAAAUUACAACAAUUUUUCCAAUCACUCGGUUUGUCAUUGAGUUGUAAGAGAGAGUAGUAGUUUUUUUUUUUUUUAAUUGAUUAUCUCAAAAUGUGAAAAGGACUUGGGGGUUUUCUGAAAUAAACAAUUCAAAUAUACAAUAAUAAAAUAAUAGAGUAAAAACAAAAUUAUUAAAAUUGUUAAUACUGGUAAAUAAAUAUAUAAAUAAAAAAUAAAAAAAAAUGAAUGAAUGCUCUGCCUGGAGUAUUAUGAUAAGUGUAUUACAGGACCAGUUUUAAAUUAAAAAUUCAUAAUCCGGUAAAUCACAAAGUAUUCAUUCAUUUUUUUUUUUUAUUUAUAUAUUUAUUUACUAUAUUAAAUAUACAUUCAUAAAUAUAAAUAUAAAAAUGCAUAAUAGAUAUUUUUGUUUUAUUUAAAGUUUUCAAAAGUAGUAUGAAAAAAAGCCAUAUUUCUUUCAUGAUCUCUUUUUGUGUUAGGUAUAAAAUUAAUUUUGAAACAUUUCAGUUUCGGUUUUAGAAUAUAAUUUCAUUAAGAAACUAUUUAUUGAAAUAAAUAUUCAAAACAAAAGAUAAUGUAAAUUAUCUGUGUAUUUUAAUAUUGAAACUCUUGAAAGAUGACUCAAUCUAUUAAUAGAGCAUACAGUUUUAACAAUAAUUUUAUGUUAGAUGUUGUUUAGUUCAGUAAAUAAUAAUAUGAUAGUGUAUCAGUUUAUUAUAUGUACAUUGUUAUUUAAAAUCAUCCUUAUACAACAAUACUAGUUUAACAAUUUGAAUUCAACUGACCCAAUUUGUUAUUUUUCGUAAAUAAAUUAUAUAUAAAUUAUAAAUAUAAAUAUAUAUAAAUUAUAAAUAUAUAUACAGAGUUUCCCACAAAGAUAUAUCCAUUGUAAUAUCUCCAGAAAUAUAAAGAUAAUCAAAUUCUGUUUUUUUUGUUGAUAUUACUCAUAGGGAUGAGGACUACAAAUAUUUAUAUUGCAAUUCAUUUUUUAUGCUUUGUUAAAAAAAUAACUUUAUUUUAUUAUUUUUGUAAAAUUUAAAAAUUGUAUGGUUUUUUCUUCUGAAAAUCUUGACAUAUCAACUACCUUGUUUCAUUAAAUCCAUGAUUUUUAAUAAUUUUUUAAAGUUCAGAGAAAGGAAGUGCAUAGUCAAUUAUUUUGUAAUAAUAAUAAUCAAUUAGAGAACGCGAUUUCAGCCUACUUUAUAAUUAUAGGUAUUUUUUCUGAACUUUAAAAAUUGAUUAAAAUCACAAAUUUAAUAAAAAUAAGAAGUUGAUACAUCAAAGUUUUUAGAAAAAUAAACUAUAAAAUGGCUAUCUUCAAAUUUUCAAAAAUAAUAAAAUAAAGUUAUUCUUUAAAUUUUUUUUUUCAAGUAUAAAAAAUUAAUUUCAAUAUUAAUAUGUGUAGUCUUUAUCCCUGUGAGUAUUAUAUAUAUAUAAAAAAAAAAAAAAAAAAAAAAAAAAAAAAACAGAAUUUGAUUAUCUUUAUUAUCUCCGAAGAUAUUACAAUGGGUCUUCAUGGGACACCCUGCAUAUAAUAUUAUUAAUACCGUGUAAAGAUGUAUUUUAAUUUUAAAUUAAUAAUCAACUGCACCUAAUGUAUUCUUUUUUUUCUUUCAUUAAUACUUUUGCUUUAUUGCCUAUUUUUGUCAUUAUAGAUUUAAAUAGAACUCCUGUAUUUUAUAUGAUAGUAUUGUUAAUAGUUUUUAAGAAUAAUUAAAAAAUACCUAGAAUUGUAAAUAAGUAAUCAUAAAAUAUUAUUGGACAUUAAAAUUAACAUUACCUACUCAAUAUUACAAAUAAAAAAAACAAAGCCUUUAAUAUGUUGUAUAUCUUUUUUCAUAAGAACAUGAUUCUUUAAUAUUGGUUAGAAUUUUGUUUUUUAAUGUAAAAAUAAUUUUCAAAAUUUCAAUGUCUUAAUACUAAUCUAUACAUUUAACUAUUUAAAGUUAAUUUUAGGUUUUAUGUAGAAACCUAUAUAAUAUUUAUACUUUUUUAAAUUAAAUUUACAUUGUUUAUUAAAAUUAAUGUAAAAUUAUAUAAUAUUAUUUUGUUUAGUUUAAUAGAUAGAUAACAUAAUAUGUGAUUAACAUUAAGUUAGAUUAUAAUGAUUUUUUAGAUAAAAACACUCCAAAUAAAUUGAAUUAGAUAUAUCCAAUUUAUAAAAAAUAAAAUUUACUUAAAAUGUAUUACAGGUUCAGGCAUAUACAUUAUAGGUAAUAAUAUUUUAAAAUUUAAUCCAAUUCAAUGUUUUGCAAUUAUUAUUAUUAUUUCUUAUUUGAUAAUUUACAUAUCUAUGUAUUUUAAUUUUCAAUAGUAAAAUUCCAGUUCCAUUGGUUGGUAUAUUCUUAUUUUAAGAGUUUAUCUGUUGAGACAUUGUUAAGUGUCACAGUAUAAGUGUUUACUAUGUAGUUACUGUAUAAAUUUACUGAAAUAUAGUUGUGUCAUAUUAAAAAAUAUAAAUAUUUAAAAGUAAAUGAGAAAUUGUUCGAUAACUAUAUCUAAUCUAAAGAUGGAGUAAGUGCACUUAAACAAGAAAUAUUUAAAUCCAUUACUUUGAAUAAGUACUUAGUGGUACUUAUGAUGUUUCUAGAAAUAAGUACAUAGAAUUAAUAUUUUUCUAUUUCAGUAUUUUUUUUUUUUAAUUUGUAUUAUAGUUUUAAUUUUGUUUAUGUUUGUCCAUUUAUAAUUCUGUCAUCAGGUCAUAUAGUGAUUACAAAAAAAUAGAUUGUUUGAAAUUCAUUUAUUUGGAAAAUUAAAGGUCUCACCAUAUGAAGGUAAAGUUAUCCGUUCAUUUUAAGUAACAAUAUUUAUGAUCAAUAAAUCUCAGUUUGUUCUACAAACCUUUCUGCAAUGAAUUUGUUUAACUGUUUUCAGUGAUAUUAAAAUCAUUGUUUUAUUGGUAUGAAAAUUAAACUGAUUAAUUUAAAAUGAUGAAACAUCAGAUACCUAUUUAAUUUCUUUUAUACAUUUCUUACAUUAUAAAUUCUAAUAUAAUUUCUUUUAUUGCCAUUUAAUAAAUUAAAAAUAUGUUUGCAUCAAAUAUUUUUGGGCUAUUCUGACCUAUUCUUUAUUCAAUUUUUUUUUUCUAGAAUAAAAACAAAAUUAUAUUGAAUGUUUUUUAAAUGCUUAUUAAUUAAAAUAAGUUUCUACUAAAAGUAUUUUUUAACCAUUUAGUAAGUCAGAUUUCUAUAAAAUAAUAAUUUCAGUUAAUUGAUAAAAUUCACUUUUUAAAAUUUUCUUUUAUUAGAUAAAAAGAAAAAAAAUAGAAUAUGGAAUGUGUAACAGUUCACAGAAUAACUAAAAUUAUUUUUUGAAAUUUAAUUUGGUUAUGGGUCUUAAAUUUAACAAAAAAAUAAAAAAGAAUACAUAAUUUUGUUGAACUUCUUAAUGUGUCUUAAAAUAAUUUUUUUGUUCUUAAUUUAGAUUAAUAUUAAGUUUUUUUUUUUUGUACUGAGGUUUCAACAUUUAUUUUAUUUAUUUAUUUAUUAAUUAAUUGUAAUGUGUUCUGUGGUAAAUUUGACUUCAACCAGUUUAUUUUGUUUUGAAACCUAUUUUGUAGUGUAGUGCCCCUUCUGUUAACUAGCUUAUUGUUCUGCUUGUUGAUCCAAUUUGAUAUUUAUAGCACACUAUGAUUAUGGAUUUGUCUAAUUCACAAGUUAUUAAAAAUGACUAGUUUUUUAAGUAAUUAUAAAAGUUUUAAUAAGUCAUAUGUUAAUACAGCUAAGAACACUGUUUUAGUAAUUAAUUAAAAUUAAUGUACAAGACUUGAAAACUUUUUUUAAUUCUUACUUUAUAAAAACAAUUAAUUUAAAAAGAAGUCAACCAUUACUACUAAGUGAAAUAGAUUACCUAUAAUUUUUUUUAUGAUAGCUUGAUAGUUAAAUACCAACUAAUUAAAUUUAAUGAAUUUUAUGCAUGAUCAAUUUUUAGUAUUAAUGAAUUCAGUUAAUUAAUUAUUUUAAUACCUCUUGAUAAAACUAAAUUUCAAUUUCCGUGCAUAUAUUAUUUUUAUCAUACAUAACAAUUAUUUUUUUCUUAGUUUAAUUUUAAUGUUGUUUAUUUUUUAGACUAAUUGCCAUAAUAAUGGUAACAAUAAAUUAUAUAAUUAUUGAAAUAUAGAUAAGCCCCCAUUAAAUAAUAAUUAGUUAAUAAAUCACCAUACAGGAUAUUUAAGAAUUUAAGUAAAAAAUAAAACUGCAUUAUAGUGGACAUCAAUGAAAUUUAAAAUUUAAAUAAUUAAGAUACAAAACUUGGUUGGAAUUGUGUAUUGCUUUGUUUGUGUAAUAUUUGUAAAUAAACAAUUUCAAUGCUUGUUCUUUUCUUUUUUUUCUAUAAUGUAUUAAGUGCUGCAUGAAACUUUUAGUGUAUCUAAAAAAGUUUCAGAGAACAUAAUGCCAAUUUUUGAACAGUAUAUUUGUGAAUGUUUGUUUUGUGUUUGUAUGUUAUAAUUCAGUAAAUGUGUAAACAAUUUUGUAUAAAUUCCAACUAUCAUAAAGUAAAAAAUAAAUCCGUUAGUAUUAAGGUGAUUUUUCUAAUUAGGUACUCAUUAAUUUAUAUAGUGCUAGCACCAAUGUAUUUUUAGUAUGAGUGCAUCUUUAUUUAAAUCAACUUUGUUGCAUGGAAUAUGUUCAAUUUAAAAUUUUGUGUGUAAAUGAAUAUAUUUAAAAAAAGUUUUUAAAUUUUUUGUGUUGAAGUUAUUAAGUAUUUUUUCAAAUUUUAGUUUUAAAUAAAAAAUUCCAAUGAAAUUAACUAUUUUAAUGAUUUUUAAAGUACUCGAAAAUAAAGUAAAUACUUUUAAGAUGGCUUUUAUAAAAAAUAAAUAUUCAUAUAAAACUAUAAUAUCUUUAAGUCAUUUUAUAUUUAUUGAUAGGUAUAAUAUUUACACCAAUAUAAUAUAAUUUUUGUUAAUUUUAUUAAUAUAGGUAGGUAAUAGGCGUAUUUAAUUGCUUAUUAGUGUUAUCUUUUCAACUUUGGUCAGUUAAUUAUUUUAUUUUAUUUUUUAUUCAGCAGAGUUAAUAGAUAUUAAUAAAUAAAUUUUAUUAUAUUUUACUUAUAACAUUAUGAUUUACAUAUAUUUAUUUUUUUUUUAUAUUGGUUUAUUUAUAAGCUGUUAAUAGUCAUAAUUAUUAUUUUUUUAUUAGAAAAAAAAAUGUAAAUAAAUUAUUUAUUUUAAGAUAUUCCUCUGAAUUUUUUCUUUGCCCCAUCUUGUGAUUUAUUAUGGUAAAAAUCACAAUUUAUUAAAAAUGAAAUAUAAGUGUGAAAAUACAGAGUGGUUAAUGUAACCCAAGAAUCUUAUUGGUUUUUUCAUUACCCUUAGGAUGUUAGGGAUGAAACCACUACCUCAUUUUAAUUUUUUAAUGUCAAUCUUUAUUAAAAAUUUUAUAAAUAUAUGACGUUUUGGUUUAAAUACAUUUUGGUUUUUGACAUUUUAAUCAUCUUCUGAGUGUCUUGUGUUACAUUUAUCACCUUGUAUCACCUCUAUAAACAUAUCUUAUUUAUUGUAUUAAUUAUUUUUUUAUGGGACAGACAAUCAAUCACUCUAUAGUAAUAAUGAACAGCUUCGCUUGCCUUGUUACUUCAAUGUCAGACAGAAUUGCAAUAUUUUGAUAAUGAUUUUAUACGGGUGAUCAUUAAUAAGAAGCUCAUUAUCCUAGAAAAUAUUAACUUUUUUAAAAAUUUACCCCACAUGAAUUAAGCUACACUCCCCUUACUAAAACUUUAAUGUGGAUUAUCUCAUCAACGGAUUGAUGUAAAUGAAAAUUUUAAACAGUGAAAUGUUUUAAUAUAGGUUACUAAAAAUCAAAAGUUACGUAGUAGUUUCACCCCCAAAAAUAAGAGUGACAAAAAUAAUAAUAAUGUAACAUUAUAGAGCUAGUUGUGCUUUAAAUUUUCUAUAAAAAAUUUUUUUUUAAAAAGUUGAUAUUUUCCGGGAUAAUGAGUGUCUUGUGAUAGAUUGAUUACCCCAUAUUUACCUAUAAUUUCUUAAUUUUACUCUUCUAAUCUUGCUUUGUUUAACUUUUUGCAACAUGGUGUAAAAUUGUUGACCUAAAAAUAAUGUAAUGAAUUUGUUCUUUUAAACGUUUAAAUUUAUUAUGAAAAAAAUCACCUUAACACUGCUUUGUUUUAAAAAAAUCAUUGUUCCUUAAUAAAUAUCCAAAUUUAAAAUCGUUGAAUUUUUUUAUUUUACAUAGUAUAACCUAAUGUGCACAAAUUUGUUUAAAAUAGCAUGCCUAUAUUAUUCUAAAACUUACUGUAUCAUGAUGACUAGGGUGGCUCUUUUAUGGGUCAAUGUUGAAUUUUAAUGAGUGGACCUUCUAAAAUGGUCCAAAUAAAUAUUGUUGUAAAAAUUGUUGUAUACAAAUAUACAUUCAUUUUCCCCUAUACUACCUUCUAAACUUCUCACCUAUAACAGUGACUGCACACGUUCUCAUUUUCCAUUACAGCUUUUUUUUAUUUAUUUAUUUGGAAUCGUCUUAGCCACCCAUAUGAUGAUUGUAUUAACAAAAAAUGAAAAAAAAAGACUUAAUAUUGUUGGUGGGUGUGCCACUGUUGUAGGUAUGAAGUUGGGGAUGUAGGAUACAUAAUUAUUUAAAUUAUAUCUGUACAUAUCAAUAAAUCAAUGCUAACGAAAUAUAUGAUUCUAAGCGAUGUUUUUUAAAAUUUUUUUGAAAAACUAUAAAAAAUAGUCCUUUUUUUUGACCACUUAGUACAAAUUAUGAUUAAUCUGGAGUAAAAUAAUCACACAUUUCUACUCGGGCAAAACAGUUUUAUACACAAAUUAAGAACGUAAAAAAAAAAAUUUUUAACGCUUGUAAAUAGUUGUACAAAUCGCCAGAAUAUUUUGAAAAUUUUACCACGUCUAUAAAAGCAUCAACAUCUCUUUAAUCUAAUUACAAGAAAACAAGUUAGGAAAGGCUACUUUAUGAGUGUUCUAAAUUCCCAUUUUCUAAACGUAUGUUUGACAAUUAACACUAGUUCAAUGUUAUAUAAAUUAAAAAGAAUCUGGGAACUUUGAUAUGGUUAUGUGUUACGAUAUCUAAUUAAAUUAAACGCUUUAAUGGACUCAAUCAGAUCAUACCUAUCAAAUUAGUAUUAUUACUACAAAUGAACAACUUUCGUAACCUAUCGCCGCCGUAUUUAUUUAAAAUAAUUAUUUUAACUAUGUACUGAUAACUAUGUUUUAUAAUUAAUUCAAUUUUAUAAAAUAUUAAAAUAUUUAAAUUGAUUAGCCCAGACUAUAUAUCUACCACCUUGGCAUGAGAUAUAUUUUAAUAUACUACGCAGGAAUAUUAUUAAUAAAAUCAAUUUUAUUUUUCGUAUCAUAUACCUAAUAUUAUACGUAAUUUAACGUAAAUCGAUUUGUAUUAAUUCAAAUUGUUCCGAUUUUUAACAGGUCGAAAUUGGUAAAAUGAACGUUUAAAUAAUAUAACGUACAUUUGAAAUGGAAUAUAAAUUAACCGGUGUGUGGUGCUUACCUGUGGAGUUAUUGUACGUGAAUCGUGUGCGUGUGUACUGAAAUGUCGAAAAUCUCAAUAGUUUUAAUAAUAAUACUGAUUUAUUAUAAUAUCAACAAUAAUAAUAAUAGCGUAGUAGUAGGGAGCCAAAAAAUAAUUGUCUUCUGCUUCGUCGCAUGCGUUUGAAAAAUUAAUUCCACCAAAUAUAUGUUUUACUAAUACCUACUUAUUGCUGUAGUUGUACGCAUCUACAUAAUUCCUAAUAAUAAUAUAGUCAUAGGCGGAAAUCCGUUGAAAAUCAAAUGUUGAGGGCUAUUGUUGUCCGUAGCUCUCCAAGCCUCCCCACUCCGUGGUAUAUUUUUUAGGCGAAUUACAUUUUCGGGUGGGGGGGUUAGUCCACUUCCAUUUCCGCCCGUGAAUAUAUUUAAUGUUGGAAAUAUUGUAAUAUUAUGUUUUGAACUAACGUGUUUUUUUUUCUUACACGAUCUAUCUUUCAUUUUCAUUGUCUAAUAACACUAAAAAAUGUAAUGUUUAUUGUUCACGUUGUUUUUUUUUUUUUUUUUUAACACGCGGUCUUUUCACAAGAUUUUUCAUAAAUUUUUGUGUAAAUGUUAUACUUACGUAAUUUUUUUUUCGUUUCGUACAGACACUCUAGAAGAAACUCUUCGCCUGAUAAGGAGGUCUUUGAACUCUCCUCAAAUGGACGUGGAGGGUGCUCACUAUGAUCAAAACAUCACUCACUUGAUCGUCGUGAUGGGUGCAUCGGUAAUAAUAUUAUGAACUUAUUUAUUUUUUCGAAUUAAAUUUCCAUAUAUUCGAAAUGUACUAACUGUACUACUGUUUCACAGGGCGAUUUGGCCAAAAAGAAAAUCUACCCGACCCUUUGGAUGUUGUUCCGUGAUAGGUUGAUUCCAGAUAAAACUUUCAUUUAUGGAUAUUCCCGGUCCAAACUCUCAUUGGACCAACUGAAAACUAAUGUCUCACCAUACUUAAAAGUAUACGGUUGUUUACGAAAUAAUAAUGUUAAUGUUUCUGUUUGAUUGUAGUUUCUUUUUAAAAAUAUUUUAGUGCAAUGAAGACGAGAAAGACCGUUUGGCCGAAUUCUGGUCGUACAACUUCUACAUCGCCGGAGCUUAUGACGGAUCAGCUGAUUAUCGGUCUCUAAAUGCAAAUCUCGCCAAGCACGAGAUCUCCGGAAUCUCAAACAGAUUAUUCUAUCUGGCCAUACCGCCUUCAUUGUUCGAGGUGACCACCACUCAUAUUCAUGAAUCGUGCAUGGACCACAAGUAAAUGGAUUGAUAUUUAACCCUCUCUUGGUUGCAGAAUUGUCUAAAAGACCAUCUGUGUUCAGUCAUUUUAAUUUUUAAAUUCAAAAAAAGUAUCAGUUUUUUUUUUAAUUCAUAGUAUCUACCUUUUUUAUACGUACAGAUAAUUUUGAGGUAUAAAUAUCUAAUAUAAAUGUUUUACAAUUGCUGAGAAAUUAUUUUACAAGACUGUGUGUCAUAGAAAUAUUUAUAUAUAUAUAUAUUUUUAGCUUAUAUUUAUUUACAUUUAUUAUUAUCAUAAUAAUCAUGUGUGACUAAUCAAUUUAUGUGAUAGAUAUAAGGUUAAAUUACCACUAAUAAUAAAAUAAUACAAUUAUUAUAUUUUCAGAGGAUGGACACGUAUCAUCAUCGAAAAACCGUUUGGUAGAGAUGCUGCCAGUUCAUUAGCACUGAGUGACCAUUUGGCCAAGUUGUUCAACGAAGAUCAAGUGUAUCGUAUUGAUCAUUAUCUGGGAAAAGAAAUGGUGCAAAAUCUCAUGACGCUCAGGUACUGAGUAAUAUUAUUUUAGAUAUGUAUUAUAAAAUAUUAUAAGUAUCCAUUUUUGAUUAGAUUUGGAAACCGAAUAUUGAACACUGGAUGGAACAGAGACAAUAUCGCACAAGUGCAGAUCACAUUUAAAGAACCUUUUGGUACUGAAGGACGUGGUGGGUAUUUUGAUAAUUUUGGCAUAAUUCGAGAUGUCAUGCAAAACCAUUUGCUCCAGAUACUCAGCUUGGUUGCCAUGGAGAAGCCAGCCACUAUACAUCCCGAUGAUGUUCGAAACGAAAAAGUUAGAUUUCCUAAUUGUGUUGGACAUGUUCUGUAAUAUUAUAUGUGUAUGUGUCCUGUUUAGGUAAAGGUCCUUAAGUGUAUACCUAUAGUUCAGUUAGAUGAUGUGAUUUUGGGUCAGUAUGUUGGCGAUCAAGAAGCUAAGGAGGAUCAUAAAAAGUUUGGUUAUUCUGAUGAUAAAACAGUGCCAAGUGGAUCAAGAACAGCUACCUUUGCAUCAGCCGUAUUAAAAAUCAAUAAUGAACGUUGGGAUGGAGUGCCUUUUAUAUUGAAAUGUGGGAAAGGUACACCAUGCGUUAAUAAUUGUAUUUUUUCAAAUCUUAUGUUAUGACCUAUUAAUUUUAAUAACUUUACAGCAUUGAAUGAGCGCAAAGCUGAAAUCCGAAUUCAAUAUCAUGAUGUACCUGGUGACAUAUUUGGAGGAGUUUUGAAAAGAAACGAACUUGUUAUUCGCGUACAACCAAAUGAAGCCGUUUAUGUUAAAAUGAUGACUAAAAGGCCGGGUAUUGGAUUUGAAAUGGAAGAAACCGAACUGGACUUGACCUAUACUAAUCGUUAUAAGGCAAGUUGAAUAUCAUAAAUAACCUGGUCAAAACAAAGCCCUUAAAAAAACUUUUCUAAUGUUAUUACUUUUUACUAGAAUGUUAAAUUACCAGACGCCUAUGAACGAUUAAUAUUAGACGUAUUUUGCGGUUCUCAAAUGCACUUUGUACGUGCUGAUGAACUGUCUGAAGCUUGGCGUAUAUUUACUCCUCUUCUACAUGAAAUUGAAUCUACUCAUCCUGAACCAUUAUUAUACAAGUUGGUUUAUUAUUAACAUUAUUAUUUAAAAACUGUAUAAUUAAAUUAAAUUUUUUUAUUUUCAUUAGGUAUGGGUCUCGUGGUCCUGCUGAAGCAGACAAUCUCUCUCUUGCCAACAACUUUAAGUAUUAUGGAUCUUACAAAUGGGUGAAACCUCAUUAAGUCACUUAUAACUUAUUGUUGGGAUAGUAUAUGAUUUUUGUUUUCUGAACAUAAUUAAAUUUUAAUUUAUUGAAAGAUCUGCCAUAUAAAUCAUUUUUAACAUUCCGUUAAUGACAUGAAAUUAAUCUAAUAUAGAUUAUUAUCAUUCAAGUUCCAAUUUGUUUUUUGUGAUGCAAUUGAUUUCUUUUUUUCUAAACAUUUAAAUAUAGUUUUAUAAAUCUUGCAUAACUCCUUAAUAAUAUCAAUGAUUUGUAAUAUUGUAAAAAAAACAUGGCCAAACCAUUGUUAUUAAAUAUAUCAAAUAAUAUUUAGUAUUUACUGGGUGUCUUUUUAAAAAAAAUAUAUAAUAUAAUAUUUUUACACUACAAUAUUACUUGAUAUAUUUUCAAUUCACAGAUUUAUUUUUGUUACAAUUGCAUAGUUAUGAUAUUUUAUAUUUUCUAGAAUUGUUGAAAUUGCAGGGUAAUGGUAUAUCCAUUGUUUAAAUUGUUUACAUUGUUACAUUGUCCAUUUGUUUAAAUAUGUAAAAAUUUAAUUGUGAAUCAAAUAUUUAAAAUAGAAAUUAGUAUUUAAAGAACAAUAAUAAUAAGUGCCUUGAACUUCUUUCAAAUGACCGGUGUAAUGUAUUUAUAUUAAACUAAGCUAUUGAAAUAAUUAUUGUAGUAUUGGAUCGUUGACUGAUUUCUAUCUUUUAAAUGGCAAUGAUUAGCAUCAGGCGAUCUGCAUUUCAAUCGUAUUCACCGCCUACUGUUAUGCUGAUAUUUUGACCAAUGGUUUGUGUUUCAUGGUACCAAAUGUUUGUGUCCAACACAACUAAAAAAAAAAAAAAAAACAAGUAGUAAAACAAAUUAUUACAAAAUAAGUCAUCAGUUUUAUUUAUAUAUAUGUGUUACAUUUGAUGCAUAUUCCUACCUAUAUUAUUUCAAUCUAUAUUAUAGUGUGUUUAAGUAUCCUUACCUAUUUAGUGGUGUAUUGCAUAAGGAAAUUAUAAUAUAGGUAGAGUUGUGUAGAGAAUUUAUUUUUAAAUUUUAG